AUGGAGUCGUUUGACGCUAGCGAAUCCGAAGGUGAGACUGAUGACAUGAAUUACAGCAAUCCAACUAUCGAUACUCAUGUUGCUGAUGAUGACUGUGAGGAAGAUGGUAGUACUGAGAUUGGCGGCAAGAGUACUGAUUGUGAUACGAAUGUUGAUGUUGAUUCACUCGAAGCAUUGAAAAGAAGAUAUGAAAGCAGUCUUGCUGUAGGUUCUACUAUAGACACUUUACAUGAGGUGCACGAAUUAUACUGUGAUUAUGCAAGUGUGAUGGGCUUUUCAGUGAGGAAAGGGAGGCAAGGUUAUAUCAAACCUACACGCGACGUCCGUAUGAAAAUGUAUCAUUGUUCUUGCGAAGGAGCUACGGAUAACAAGGCAUCUGUUGGGAGAGUUGCCGCUUUCAAAAAACAGAGUUAUCGUAGUCACUGCAAGGCAAUGCUUCGUGUUGUGCGUGCCGAUAUUGAGUCUCCGUGGAGAGUUACUUCAUUUGUGAAGCAACAUAGCCACGAAUUGGUAAACCCUAGAGAGAGUUAUUUGUUGCGAUCAGCCCGUAACAUGUCACGACAAAAGAAGAGUUUGGUUAUUUCUAUGCGGGCAAGUGGUAUUGGUGUUAGUCGGGCGUAUCGAUUUUUGGAGAAGGAAGCUGGUAGUCGAGAGAAUAUAGGAUUCAUACGAAAGGAUAUAUACAAUGAACUACAGAAGGAAUCCCGUAAGGUGUCGAAGAUUAAUGAUGGGGAUGCAAAUAAGUUGCUCGAGAUGCUCACUGAUAGAGGAAUGAGUGAUCCUUCAUUUUUUUGGAAGGUAAAGCUUAGCGACGAUGGUAGGCUCAAAAAUCUAUUCUUUCGGGAUACUCGUUGUCUUGUAGACUACCAGCAUUUUGGCGAUGUAUUAUCCGUUGACGCCACCUACAAGACUAACAAGUAUGACUUGAUAUGUGUUCCUAUGAUUGGCAUAAACCAUCAUCGGACAAAUGUGAUGUUUGGACUUGGUUUCUUGUCAAAUGAGAAGGCCGAGUCGUAUGAGUGGUUAUUUAGUACAUUUCUUCAAGCUAUGUACCACAAAGAGCCCUCCACCAUAUUCUCGGACCAAGACAUGGCUAUAAUGAAUGCGAUCGAUUCGACUUUUCGUGAAUCGUCACAUCGGCUUUGCCAAUGGCAUAUCAACAAGAAUGCAGUGAAGCAUUUUGGGAAAUUAAAUCAUGAUAAAGAUUUUAAAAAUUUGUGGCAUAGGUGUAUGAACGGGUGCGAGUCCGGGGAACAAUUUGAUAUUGUUUGGAGAAGAAUGAUAGACGAGCACAAUUUGUCGGAGCACAAAUGGUUUCUUAGCAUGCAUAAGUUGAGGAAGCGGUGGUCUUCGGCUUUCACCCGUGAUAAAUUUUCGGGAGGUUUGCAUGCCACAUCUCGUAGUGAGGUUACCAAUAAAGUCUUGAAAGAGUUGUGCUCGACUACUUCCACAUUGCAUGAAUUUGUUGUUGGAUUUGAGAAGAUGCAGAAAUCGUGGCGAACAAGAGAGUUUGAAGAGGACGCACUUUGUCGAGGCAUGCCCGGUAUGUUCGUUCAACGAACAAGGAUUUUAAUCCAGGUGGGUGAAGUAUGUACGAGGAGUGUUUUCAAAAUGUUUGAGUACGAAGCUUUGAAUUGCAUUUCUGUGGAUUUGACCGAAUCACCCCCUGAUUUGAAUGAGGUGCUACUGGAGUUCAAGUUGUCAUCAAGUUCGUCGGGGACAGGCUAUCGUUUAGUGAAGUAUAAUCAGAAUUCUAAAUUUGCCUCAUGUUGUUGUCAUCUCUGGGAGACUGAAGGCAUUAUUUGUCGGCACCUUUUUAGAGUUUAUCUUCACUUUAACCAACAUAGCGUGCUUGAUGAGAUGUUACUGAAUAGAUGGAGGAAAGAUUCCAAGCAGCGGAUAGGAUUAUCAGAUCGCUUAUCGGAGUCUGCGGGGGUAAACAAGUUGAAUAGUAUGGUUUUUGUUAACCACAACACAAAGAUAGUGUACGACUUGCUAACAGAAUGCAAGGAUGAUAGGAGUUGUAGAGAUUUCAUUGAUGAUUCUAUUGGGAGGAUGGUAGAUGGUGUGAAAAGCAUGAGACUUCACACAAUGCAUGAUACCACAGAUAAUGCAACUCAGGAAGGCUUCAAAGAGCCGUUGGUUCGGCCUAUAAAGAAUCCUGUGUUUGAGAAAAAACGUCCAUAUCGGCGGAUGCGAUUCAGCAAAGAUCGGGAAGCUCCUGGAUAUUACUCCGCUCACACAUCAACUACCUCUCAAGAUGAUGAUGAAAAUGAUGUACGAACAAGGAGAACUAACUUUGGAGAUGAAGAAGGCUUGUUUCGAAGUUUAGACGAUAUUUCAGAUCGCUUUUCGAUGGAGUAGACUCGUUCCACAUUAAUUCUUAGAAAAUGUGAACUUCUGUUUGAGUUUUAAGUUGUCAUCUAAUUUCUUUUUUCACGUUAUUUUGAGGUUGGUGCAC